CCGCUCUUUACACUCUGGUUGGGAAAUUCGACAUUUCUUUACAACCCAACAAAAAUGCACCCAGCUCACCGACUGAUAUGCACACGUGUCAUAGCCGAUGUGUCUUGCAUUCUGAUUUUCGGUCGGAUGCAAAUGCUUUCAACAGAAAAUCCAAAUUUCUCGAGAAAUUACCGCAAAUGUUCUACUCAACGCCGUAUGACCACAUUCGGUCCACCAUUUAUUUAAUAUUUUCAAUACAAAUAUUUAAAAGGCGUACCAAUGCUGGCGUUUUCUUACUAUUUGAUAAUGGAGCGCGACAAUGCGUCGGACUUCAAGUUGAAAUAGCUCAAAUAAAAGCCGUCCUUUAUACUUUGGUUGAACAUUCACUACAUCACUCUGUAGAGACAUCGACUUUACCGAACGGGAAGCUUUCUUUUACCCAUAAGCCAUAACCAUGCUGGGUUUAGAAUUAAACGUCGGACACAUUAACGCGUGUUUCAUUGAAACAACAUAUAUUAAAAUAGUUUUAUUGGCCAUCACCUAUAUAUAUUUAUCAUGGAAUUUUGACUAUUGGCGCAAACGAAAGAUAUUUGGACCAAAACCGUUACCAUUUUUUGGCAAUUAUCCCAAAUCAGCUGUUCUCCUACAAAAUGUUAUGUACGAACAGCAAGAGUUGUACGAGAAGUACAAAGAGAAGCAUCGUUUCAUUGGAAUUUUCGAGCGAAGAACACCGAAACUAUUGAUUUUGGAUUCGAAACUUGUUAGUGACAUUUAUGUAAAGUAUUUCAAGCAUUUCCAAAUCAAUGACUCAUCGAAUUCAUUUGACAAACAUCUUGAUCCGAUUUUUACUCGGAAUUUAUUUGCGUCGCAACAUGAUGACUGGCGCAAUACGAGAACCGAACUAUCUCCGGCAUUCACUCAAAGCAAACUGCGACAAAUAUUCUCCAUGAUUUGGAGCAGUGGUCAAAAGAUGAUUGGGCACAUUGAUAUGCAGAUCGGCAACGGGAGGCAACGGACUAUCGACACAAAAGACUUGACAUCACGUUUCACGUCUGAUACCGUCAUGAAUUGCAUCUAUGGCUUGGAGGCAAAUGAUUCAGUGCAUAGAAGCCUUGUUGAAUGGUUCAGUCCAUCGCUAACAACGAACAUUGUGAAUGUUUUAUUGUCCACGUUUCCCAUUCUCACUUGUGUAUAUAAGCCAUCGUUUUUCCCAACCCAGCUAACUCAAUGGUUUUACGAUGUGAUGUGCGAUGCAACAAAGUAUCGGCAUCAAAACCAGUCGAACCGAAAUGAUUUUCUGAAUUUUCUUUUGGAGCGUAAACAUGUUAAAAAUUACUCAAACGAAGAUAUUGCCGAGUUCGCUGCGAUAUUUCUGUUUGAUGGCUUCGAAACAAGCAGUAUGAUUUUAGCACAGGCUCUCUACCAUAUUGCCAAGAAUGAAGAAUGUCAGAUGCGAUUGCGUGCCGAAAUUUUCAACCAUUUUCCAAACGAUGAACGUCCAACAGCCGAUGCAAUCAACGAAAUGCAGUAUUUGGAUAACAUUGUUAACGAAACCAUCCGUAUUGGGCCAUCAGCGUUUUUGCUCGCCAAAUGUUGUACCGAACCCAUUGAACUGCAUGAUUAUGACGGAACGAAAUUGCUAGUUGAGGCGGGCACUUCGAUUCAAUUACCCGUUUUUGCUUUGCAUCAUGACGAGCGCUUCUAUGAAAAACCGAAUUCCUUUCAGCCUGAACGUUUUGAGUUACAAUCACCGAACGAGUUGAAGAGGAGAGGCCAAUUCCUAGCGUUUGGUGACGGACAGCGAAUUUGUAUUGGGCAAAAAUUUGCCGGGUUCCAAAUAAAAUUAGCUCUGGUGGAGAUAGUUCGACGCUAUUCGAUUACGGUGAAUUCCAAAACGACCGAACCAAUCAUUGCAUCACCACUUGAUUCACUGCUUACCCCAAUCAGCGAAAUUUAUCUGGAUUUUGAAAGCAUCGACGAGAAAAAUGAUUGAAUGUUUUUGGAAAUUCUAAUAUUCUCGGAAAUUAAUAUAUAAUAUAUCAGGUCGAAACAGUGUUUGAAAUGGUGUCAUAAAUUCAUUGAAUAAAACAUACGUUAUUCUCACA